GAAAACUCCAAGCCCGGCCGGGUCUUGAGCUCCACUCGCCGCUGCAGCCCCUGUCGUGCGUGCGCUCUCAUCCAGCCCUCUUGGACGCUCUUUGCCAUCACCACAGCUGCUCAGAAUGGCCAACAGGGGACCUUCCUACGGCCUGAGCCGAGAGGUGCAGCAGAAGAUUGAGAAGCAGUACGACGCGGAUCUGGAGCAGAUCCUCAUCCAGUGGAUCACCACUCAGUGCCGUGAGGACGUGGGCCAGCCCCAGCCUGGCCGUGAGAACUUCCAGAAGUGGCUCAAGGACGGCACGGUUCUGUGCAAGCUUAUUAAUUCACUGUAUCCUGAGGGGCAGGCCCCAGUAAAGAAGAUCCAGGCCUCUUCGAUGGCCUUCAAGCAGAUGGAGCAGAUCUCCCAGUUCCUGCAGGCAGCCGAGCGCUAUGGCAUUAACACCACGGACAUCUUCCAGACUGUGGAUCUCUGGGAAGGAAAGAACAUGGCUUGUGUGCAGCGGACACUAAUGAACCUGGGUGGGCUGGCAGUAGCCAGGGACGAUGGGCUCUUCUCUGGGGAUCCCAACUGGUUUCCUAAGAAAUCCAAGGAGAACCCUCGGAACUUCUCGGACAACCAGUUGCAAGAGGGCAAGAACGUGAUUGGGUUGCAGAUGGGCACCAACCGUGGAGCAUCUCAGGCCGGCAUGACCGGCUAUGGGAUGCCACGGCAGAUCCUCUGAUCAUACUCUCUCUCCUUCCCCUGCCCUCCAUGAAUGGUUAAUAUAUAUGUAUAUAUAUGUUUUAGCAGACAUUCCCUGAGAGCCCCUGGAUUGCUGAACUCCCCUCUGCCAGGGUCCAGGCCAGCCUAUCUUGUCACCACUGGCAGGGCCUGAUAAUUGCCUCUCUCUCUCUCUCUCUUUCUCUCUCUCUCUCUCUCUCUCUCUCUCUCUCUCUCUCUCUGGGCUUACUAAUGCAUUCCUUCCCCCACAACCAUCAAAACUGGACCAACAAAAACCCUGGGACCAAAGUUGCCUCCCCACAGCAUCUUUCCUGCUUUCCUGAUCUCUUCUUUUAGUCCAUCCCUUGGCUAGGAGUCAGAGAUUCUGCCCCAUGGCCUGAUGCUGCACCGACCCUUCCUUCUACAAGGAGGCCUCUCCUACAGCUGUGGCUGCAGGGACUUAAUUUAUAGGGAGGGGCCUGUGGCUGUCACUCCAGCCACAGCUGGGCUGUACUUACCACACGUCUGGGCAGCUUUCCCUAGCAGAGGCUCUUUGGCUUCUUUCUUUCCAUUCCUCUCUCACUGUGGCUAAGGGGUGGAGCAGAGGUAGGACGGCUGCCCACCAUGCUCUGGGGCUUGACGAACACGAGUUUGCUGAUUUUAAAUAAAAAGAUCUCAUUUUGUUUUGC